GGAGAUCUUUUGUGCGCUUGGGUUCAAAAGAACGUAACAACAGUCAACAAAGAUGCCGAAAAAGAGUGGGAAAAAAGGAAAAGGCAAAGGAAAAAAGAAGGCCAAGAAAACAGUGGCUGGAGCAGAGGAUAUUGUGCACAGUCUGCUGAAAUGUUAUGAGAGGAAUUGUGGACUGACCGAGUCCCAAAUGAGUCCCAGAAUCAAAAGUGCAUUGAGAGAUUGCAAGGAGAAUGAGAAAGUGCUUUCUACUUUUAUCUUGGAGCCUGUGCCUGUGGAGAAGGAGGGGGAUCUGCCUGUGUUACUGGAGCCCCUAAUAGCAGCUUUCAGACAGGAACGAUAUGUUCACAUCCAGGAUCUGUACGUGUGGAAUUACCCGAUGACAUACGAAAACAUGGCAACCGUGGCUUUGCUGAUGGAGAAGGCCUGCUACCCCCUGAAAUAUAUGGAGUUCCUGGACUGCCUUUUGGAGGGAUACUCCCUUCAGCGGUUCACGAGGUCCUUCAACUUCUGCUCCACUUUGACCUCUGUUACGUUGGACUACAAUGAGUUUGGAGAUGAAGGAGCCCGAUAUUUUUGUAAAGGACUGGAGGGAAAUAUCACGCUACUGUCGAUUAGCAUGUGUUACUGUGAUCUGGGUGUAGAAAGUGGUGAUAUCCUGGGCAAAAUGCUGGUCAAAACAGCGGUCAGGGAGUUGUACUUAGAUGGCAAUAACCUGGAGUGUAAAGGAGUGGUCAGUUUGAUUGACCAGUGUGCUCAGCAGGCUCUCUACGAGUCCACAAUGAGGGCAGAAGAAGCAGCCAGAAAACUCCAAGAGGAGGCGGAGAAAGCUGAACGAGAGAGUAAGUUAACCCCUCAACAAAGACGUGAGAGAGAACAGGGUUACAGAUCUUCGGGAUUAUCUGGUGAUGAAGAUGGAGGUGGAAAGAAGAAAAAGAAAAAGAAAGGCAAGAAAAAGAAGAAAAAGGAGCCACCUCCCCCUCCCGCUGUAGGGCCAUGGAUCCACAAGCUACAUGUGGCAGAUAAUGGUAUUGAUGGUUUGGCAUUCAAGAAAGAGUUAGCUCCCCUUCAGAUGAUGAGAAUAUUAAGAAACCUCAUCAUGUAUUCCGAUUGCUUUGAGGAGUUGGACCUUGAGAAAAACUUGAUAGGUGAUAUGGCAGGGAAAGACAUUUUAGAAGCAUUAGAACACAGAAAAGAAACCGAAAAGCUAGGUGGCUGUAAAGUGCGGGUCACCAGCAGGAUAAAGAAGGACACUUUUGAUGGCAUCCUCAAACUAGGGUCUGGUCUCAAGAAAAAGAAAAAAGGAGGGAAAAAGAAAAAGAAAUAAAGGAGCGGAUCUACCUCAUUAGACAUCAGACGUUGUGACAGAUGACCUCAGUGGCGUUUAGUUACCAGUCAGUCAUGAUAACCGACCAGCCUUAAGAUAGUCCUACAGCACAGACAUAAUGAUGUAGCCUUAACUAGCUUGUCUUAAACUCACUACACAUUGAAAAUCAUUGGAAAAAACAUUAUCAUACAUCUGAUAUUCAUUUUUUCAUUAUAGCUGUGGUGAAUCAAGGGGGCAUAGUUACACCCCUUUGGUUUACGGUACACCCCCUUCGGUUUGAUUUUGUUUUACCAAAAUGGUUGUUCUUGUCAUCUUCGGGAUGCAACCCCCACCCCCCUUCUGUGGCAGAAAACAGAAUGAUCUUAUCUUGCACAUGAUCCUAUGAAUUUUUUCCGUGUCUGUUUCUUUUUAUAUACUAUACAUGUAUGUCCUAUCAAUGAAUGUUGUCUGCAUCAUGUAAGAUACCAUGUCUAAUGUAGCUUUGACAGAUUUUGAUUCGCACAGCUAAUUAUGAACUUUAAAAAGAAAUCUAGUCCGGUUAUUGCUACAUGUAUUUCUUCUUGACGUAUGUGUAACCAUGCGGGAUAUAAAAUUGGCAUUCCCGUGUGCAUUUAAAACAACAUAUAGUCCCAGCAAUAUGUGGACAUAUGUAAUGGAGAUCUUAAUCUAUAAUGACGCAGUUCUGUAGAUUUAGUAAGAUGAUAUCACCAGAUUGAUAAACUCUAAAUCCCUGGAUGGAAUCAUUGACACAAUAAUACAGUGAAAACUGUCUAAUCCGACACCUGUGUAAUCUGUUUCACUGGACAUUCCGACUCUUAUUUUUAAUUUCAUUGUUUUACAUUGUUUAUUCCGGCACAUUGUGUAUUCCGACAAAAAGCAGGCCUUCCAGAGAUUUCGUAUUAGACAGGUUUCACUGUAUAUCCCCCUCUAUAUUCAGUGUACAUAUAGCUUUAAUAGUACAAGGAUUCAUUCUUUGUAACAAUAAUAUUGGUGUACUUUGAUUAUGUCAAUGAAUUAAAUAUCAUCAUAAGUAUCUAAGUACACCAUCACGGGAUUGAAAUUUUUGUAAUGCUGUAAGUUUCAAUGGUCGAGUGAUCAUACAAUUUCAGUCUUUGCUCCUUUCAUGAUAAAAGCCUCGAACUUCAGUCCUUACAUUUUCCUUAACAUUUACAUGUUGCACUGUUUAAAUGGUGCUUUUUCGCUUUUGGUCCAUUAUUGUAUAUUAGAUGUGGUUUGUUGUAAGAUUUAAAGCUGAGCAGUAUUUUAAGCAUGUUUUUAUACGCUCGUCUUUAGACGGGACGUAUUAUGGUACAGCGAUGUCUGUACGUCCGUCCGUCUGUUCAGAGUUUUCUUUUUAUAAUUUCAUUUCCCUUUCACAUAUCAUGCUGAAACUUGCUGUGUAGCUUCUUUGUGGGUCACUCUAGACCAUACUGCAAUUUUGAUCCAUUUCGACCUUUUUUCCAGGAGUUUUGCCCCUUUAUUUGGAAAUAAUUAUUAUAUGGAUGUUACAUAAUUUGUCCACCCUACUCCUCCCACAGUUUUCAAGUGAGAGCCUUCUUAUUUUGUGGAGUGUUUUUAUGGGUAUUGAAGAUGUGCAUGUGGGAUGGAUUUUGAUUUUCUACAAUUUUUGAGAAAAUUACAGGUUGUUGAACUUAGUCUAUUUGGGAAUUAAUAUUCUAUGGAGGGUACAUAAUUUGUCCGCCCAACUCCUCCCACAGUUUUCAAGUGAGGACCAUCUUAUUUUGUGGAGUGUUUGUAUGGGUAUUGAAGAUGUGUAUCUGAGGAAGGAUUUUGAUUUUCUUCCAUUUUUGAAAAAAUUACAGGUUGUUGAACUUGGUCCAUUUUGAGGAAAUCUAGAUUUUUAAGUUAAGACCCUUUGUUCCAUUGAAAGUUUGUCACAGCCUCAUGAUGGCUGAUAAUACCUGAAGUAAAGUUAUACAAAUUAUAGCACAAGAAAAACACCCUAUGUAAGCAUUUCACGGGCGUAUUAUGUAUCGUUUGCGGUACUCUUGUUCAUUGUUAGUUAUAAUCAUUGCUCAUUGAGCGAAUUGUUGACAUAUGUACAUAUGUUUUUCAUUGUUAGUUAUAAUCAUUGCUCACUGAGUGAAUUGUUGACAUAUGUACAUUGAUUUGAUUAAGAAAUUCAUUGCAAUAUACAUGUAAGUGUGUUAUUUCUGUAAUGGUACAGUAUAUAUUCUCGAGUACUUCUCAUUGUCACUGUUUGAACGUGUUGAUCGACUGAGUUAUUUUUGCAGAGUAAGUGAGAUUAUGAUGAGUGUGGUGAAGAGUUAUUGUAACUAUUGGUUUUUUUUUAAUGUUGCUUGUUCCAACUCUGUGAUAUUUUCUUAUUCUGAAGUUACAUCUGUAUUUCAAAUAUUGAUGAUAGUAAAAUAUAUUUAUUCCAUUA